CUGCUUUGCUGUCGUCCUCGAGUGUGUUGGGAGUAUCGGGAGGGCUUGCCGGGCUGCUCAUAUACAAGAGCUGGUCCGUCUGUUUGUGCGUUACGUGCCGCGCAGUAGCUCAUCGCAAACCGGAUCCUUGCAUCCUACAGUGGAGUGCAGUACCCGUAGUGCAACAUGUCCCUCUUCGGAGACGACGACGACACCAUCGCGCCGCAGACUCGCUUCAAGUCUUCGCUGUUCGACGACGAGCCAGCCACGCCGAGCCGCAAGAAAGUCUCCAACGACAAUACCUUCUCCUCCAUCUUCGCCGACACAGACGAUACGCCGUGGGGGUCAGUAGGAAAGAAGCGUACGGGCAGCGUGGUCAAGUCGCUCCUGGAAGGUGCAGACGUGCCGGACCUGUACAUCGACACCUUUGACGAGCUGCAGAGAGGCAGCGGUAACAUCACGGCUGAGGACGCCAAGGAGCUGUUGAGAGAUAGCAGCAUUGAUUCUGCGGAUCAGGACAGGAUCUGGAGUAUUGUGUCGAGUGGCAACAGCGAAGAGACAUCACAGCUGGGUAGAGGAGAGUUCAACGUACUCUUUGCUCUGAUCGGACUGGCGCAGGAAGGGGAAGACCUGGGAUUGGACGCUGUGGAUGAUAGGAGAAGGAAGCUGCCUGUUCCUGAUCUACCGGCGCUGGAUAAGAAGAAAAAGAAGACGAAGAGCAUGGCUACCACUGCCGCCCCGUCAGAGGCUCCGCAGGCAUCGUCGUCAGAAGCCCAGGGAGGUGCGCAGGCGAUCUCGGAGCAGCCUCGAGCUGCGGCACGUAAGCCUUCAUUCGGACUAGAAAGUGAUCCGUGGGCGAGUCCCGAGCUACACAAAGGACACAAGCACUUGAACGGUAAUAAUGGCUUUGGAGCGCAGAGAACGACAAGUAGCUUCACGACGACGUCCACGGAGCCUGCAAAUACGAACGGAAGCUAUGAGGCCGCCAGUACUGCCCCAUCUGGCGGCUGGGGUGGUUCGACUACUACAUUUGCUUCUGGCAAUACCGCAGGAUUCGGUGGUGUUGAUGGGCCUACGAGUAGCGCAGGCUUUGGCGAGGCCGGUGAUGAACCCAGCAAGCCUGCGCCUCAGAGGUCGCAGCACGUUCGCGCGAGUACAGGAGCUGAGGAGAGUGUCACUGUCAACAUCCUGACUGAGAAGGAGGGCAUGUUUUUGUUCCAGCACCGCAACUACGAAGUGGCUUCCGUCAGGCGGAACAGCAAGGUCAUACGGAGAUACAGCGACUUUGUAUGGCUGCUCGAUUGCCUGCACAAACGCUAUCCUUUCCGCCAGCUCCCCCUGCUGCCCCCGAAGCGAGUCGCGAUCAAUGGCAACCACUUGGCUGCGGAUACCACGUUCUUGGAGAAGAGGAGACGAGGGCUCGCACGAUUUGCCAAUGCGCUCGUGCGCCAUCCGGUGUUGCGGGAUGAGCAGCUCGUCGUGAUGUUUCUCACAGUCCCCACGGAACUCGCGGUGUGGCGAAAGCAAGCGACCAUUAGCGUCCAAGAAGAAUUCGUCGGCCGAUCGCUGCCAUCCCACCUGGAAGACAGUCUUCCCCAAAACCUGGCGGAAAUGUUUGAAACGGUCCGUGGAGGGGUGCGACGGAGCGCUGAGCUCUACAUCAAUCUGUGCAACCUUGUCGAGAGAGUUAUUAAGAGAAAAGAAGGACUCGCAGCAGAAUAUGGACGUCUCAGUCUCAAUUUCAACAGCGUGACGGAAGUCAGUAAUGAUGUGUAUGCCAUCGACAACAGCGACGUGCCACUUCUCAAUGACGGCAUCAACAGCACGGCCAAACAUAUUUCCAUGUCCCGCUCCCUGCUCGAAGACGAAUCACGAGCAUGGGAUCAAGGGGUACUCGAAGACCUCAAAACGCUGCGUGACGCGCUGGUCAGCGUGCGAGACAUGUUUGAUCGGCGCGAACGAUAUGCCAAAGACAACAUUCCGGCAUUGGAGAAGCGGAUACAAUCCAACGAAGUCAAGCUCGCCAACAUUCACGCCAAGGGCGACAUGGCGAAACCGGGCGAGGCGGAUAAGGUGGCGGAUGCGAUUACGGCGGACAAGCAGAGUAUUGUCAAUCAACACGCGCGAGGCGUCUUUAUCAAAGAAUGUGUGCGGGAUGAGAUUUUGCACUUUCAAGACACGCAGUGGAGGGCCGGGCGAUUGCAUCAGGAUUGGGCGCAGGAGAGGGUCAAGUACGCCGAGUUGCAGGCGGACUGUUGGAGGGGCCUGGUUGAUGCUGUGGAAGGGAUGCCGUUGGGCGAGUAAGGCAGGUCAGGUAGGAUUUUCAUCUUUUCAUCAUGGUGUAGUAGUUGGUAGUGUAUACAUGUAUACACUACGUGUAGGCAACAAAGAGAGAGAGGGAGAGGGAGAGGGAGUAGAAGGUAGCUAGGUAAAUGUAGAUAGUAGUAGUAGUUGGUAGUCGUACGACGAUUCUGACGUUUUUGAAGCAAAUUCGAAACAUAAGCGUGCGUACCUUCUGCAUUCGUUUCAGCUUUCAAGCUCCUUCAGGAACAUAUGGAGAAGAGCCACACUUGACAGUUGACACCCUAACACCCUAACAACUAAGGGCCUAAAAAAAAGCAGCCGAGUUUUCUUUUCGGCUUUUCCUUUCGUGCACAGCAUCAGGAGACGGUUGUCGUUACAGCGCAGCGUCUAUUCUUUCUUUGAUUGGCUGACAGGUCAGGUUAAGAAAGCCAUGAAUGUGGCCUUCUACGUGGGAUGCGGGUUCUUAUCUCGUCUCGAAAGCUUCGACUCUGUGCAGACUUCUGCAACAUCUUACGCCUCAUCACCGCUGUAGAGGAAAUACUAGCCGCCCAUUCAACGUUAUGGGGAUCCCUUGAACUUUAGUAACCGACUUCGUUUUCAGCAAUCGAAACAGAGGCUCGAAGCUGACCGUUAUGCGGAAGGGCAUUUGUAUUCACAUCACCAUCCCAGCCGCGGACCUGGAGAGAUCUCCAUCUGUCAAGCAUCGGUACUUGCACUUUCUCCAAGUCGCAGAGGCUUAUGAGCUUGAUGGUGACUUUCGAUACCAGUGCAGCAGCAAAAGUAGUUCCCAUUCUCUCCGUCAAAGACGAACGCUCCUCUCGACAGAAGUGAGAAGCGCGACAAUGUGUCCAUGUCCUUCUUCUCUAGCAAUGUCGAUAGGAGUCGUGGGUUCUAUGUCCGAAUAGCACAUGCGAGUACUGUUCGGGUUUGCACCUUGUCUCAAAAGUUCCUUCACCACUUCGAUCUUGCCAAGCCGGCAUGCUUCAUGCAAGGGCGUUCCUCUGACAAAACAGUGUCUUAGUAUGCGCGCGCUUGGAUGCUGGAACUGGAUGGUGUCCACUGGGGCAUUAUAGGAACAGAGCAAACGGAUGAUUUCGACCUCGUCGGAACUACGACCUACAGCGUCAUGUAGGGGAUCGCCAAGACUGGGAUCAGCGCCUGCUUCCAAACACUUCCUGACCAGGUCGACAGAGCCUGCCUGGACAGCAGCAGAUAGCGGUGUGUCGCCUACUGUCGAUAUGACAUUCAAACUGGCGCCACGCUUUAAGAGCUCUUGAAAAAGUGGGGGGCGGUCUGCCACAAGGCAGAGCAAGGAGGAAAUUUGUCCUCGUCGAAGGGAAUGGUCGACAGGCCAGCCGUAAUCCAGGAGUGCAAUCAGGAAUCUUUCGUCUUCAUUGCAAGCGGCAGCAUAAACAGUGUGCUCGUCCGGCUUUACGCCCAAUCUCAGCAACUCAUGGAACGGGGGCAGCUUGCUUUUUUCCAGGCAGUGAUAGAGGAGGGGAGAAAGCGUGGUGGUGCUCGGGUUUUGGCGGGAAAAUGUUGUGAGCUCGGCAGG